AUGGGGUUUGCCGUCGGCAUCUGCUCCCUCCUCUUGCUGGGUUUCGCCAACGCCUACACGUGCGUAGUCAUGCUCCAGUCCGCCGAGGAAUUCGGCACGCCCGAGAGCUUUCAUGACCUGACUGAUGUCUCUUUGGGGCACAAGUGGGCAGUACUUUUGGACUGGGUCGUCGGGCUGACGUCAUUCUUUGCGUGCACCCAGAAGCUGAUCUUGGCGGGGGACUUUGGGGUGGCGAUCAAGCAGCGAAUCAUUACUCAUAACUAUCUGCCGAACCGGGCGCUGAUUGUCUUGACACUAACCAUAGGCCUGGCGCUCCCGCUCGUGUUCAAACGAAACAUGCGCGCGCUCGAGAAGGUUUCCUCCGGGGGGGUUCUCUGCACCUUGACGGUGCUCGCCAUUCUGAUCUACUCUUACUCUGUUUCGGUGGUGCGGAGUGACAGCUGGGCGGGCGGCGACGUCGUAUAUGCCAACGGGACGCCAGAUCUGCUGCUAGCCCUUCCGGUGCAGCAGUUUGUGUUCGCCGGCCAGGCGGGAGUGAUCCCACUUUACAAGUCGAUGAAGAACCGGAGCUUGCGCAAUGGGAAGAUCAUGGUCUGCUGCGCCUUCGCCUUUUGCGUCAGCGUCAACCUGUGCUUUGGGAUCUUCGGUUACCUUCAGUUUCCUGAGGAGCAAGAGGGCGACGUUUUGAACAACUUAGUAAGCCAUAAGAGCGCUGUUUACACGGCAAUGUAUUUCCUAGCCAUAGCCGGGUCGAUUUCGGGUUACCCCCUUAACCUGACGGUCGGUCGGGUGCAUCUAGGCAAUAUUCUUCUGGGCCCCGAGAAAGCCAAGUCAAGAAAGUGGGUCUACUUAAUGACGAUGGUUUUCUUUGUGGGCACUCUUGGGUUAGGUCUGGGGAUCAAGAACCUGGGCGUGGUUCAGGGCCUCGCCGGGAGGUGGAAAAGGAAACCCCCGGGGGGAGAGAAACAACGGGCCCCCGCAGGGAGUGGCGGAGACAGAAAGUCUGCUCCUAAGGGGGGGCCAAACGUGUGGUCAAACGCCGCUUUUGAACCAGGGCCAAUUGAAAACGAUCCAGAAGGAAGUCCAGCUAAGAGUGGCGGUCAGAAGAGUGUAGGUAGGUCACGUGAUGACGGGAAAAGUGAUAGAGGUAAAGAGGAGGAGCGGGAAAACAGGCAUAGGAAUCACAAGCAGCUUAGGAAGCUCCCGGCGUAUAUUCUUUUUGGAGUUGCUGCGGUGAACGCAGGGUUGGCAACGAUUGGGAAUCUGGUCUCCCUCAUUCUAGUUGGGUGGGACAAUGCGAGCAUCACAUUCAAGGUAUCUUAG